AUCCACGGCAGUUUUUUCACCCCCCCCCAUCACCAGUACAAGUUGCAACUCUUAGCGCAUUAUUUAUCCUUCCGCGUACACACCUCCCCAUCCCCCCGAUAGUCCUCCCACCCCCUGCGAGAACUGCAUCUGAUCCAACCAGAGGCACCUGAAGAAUUCGCGUCGCUGGCCAAGGUGGGACGGUUCCUUCCUACUAGGCGUCCUCCAGUGUGUGGAAGUGUGUGUGUGUGUGUGUGCGUUUUUUGUCCACACUCAACUCCAACUGGACGGGACAUGCGCACCGAGACGCUCGUCUUGACCAUGCACGCCGACAACUAUCAAAGGACACUAAACAAGUCGUGCAGACACUUCUGCUAAAAAAAAAAAAAAAACAUUUUAAAACAGGAAAGAAAAUAUAAUCAAUUUGUGAGUUGCAGUGUGUGUAUGUGUGUGUGCGCACAAUCCUGAGUGGGGGUCGUCUCUUUUACACACAGGCUGCACGAUGAGGCUGGGAAGCAUCAUUUUAUUCGUGGCUCUCUGCUCCUUUAGCGCAUAUUACAUUUAUGAGCCCAUUCCGGAGGAGAUCGAGGAGAGAUGGAAACUCAUGCUGACCAACACUUUCUUCAGAAGUCUCAGCCACCUGGCAGACUUCAGUGAGUUAGUCGGACUGAAGGACUACAUGGGAGUGAUGUACGUCAUCACCCUGAUUGAAAACAUUGUGCCUGUUUCCGAUGAACAUGUCACAGUGACAGUGGAGAAUUUUGACGGCGUGGAGGUGGUGCUGUACCAACCCAAGCAGCAAAGUGGCGCCACUGAGCUCAGGAGAGCGGUCGUAUACCUGCACGGUGGAGGGUGGUGUUUGGGGAGCUCGCGCAUGAGUCCAUAUGACCUGCUCGCCAGAAAAUUGGCCAUUGAGCUGAAUGCGGUGAUACUCUCUGUAGAGUACCGCCUCGCCCCUGCUCACCACUUUCCUGUCCCAUAUGAGGAUGUAUAUCGUGUUGUGAAGCACUUCCUCCAGAUAGGGGUGCUCAGACAGUUUUCUGUGGACCCAGGACGUAUUGCAGUCUCUGGGGACAGUGCUGGGGGAAACCUGGCCGCUGCUGUCUCCCAGCAGUUGCUGAAGGACCCUGCACAACAGGUUCAGUUGAAAGCCCAAGCCCUCAUCUACCCUGUGCUCCAGGCUCUGGACCUCAACACGCCAUCUUACCAGCAGAAUCAAGACAUGCCCAUUUUACCUCGCACCCUCAUGGUACGAUUCUGGAGCGAGUACUUUACCAGUGACAAAGCCUUUUUCAGAGCCAUGAUGACCAACACACACAACAAUCCCGAGUCUUCCGGCCUGCUUAAGUUUGUCAACUGGAGCGCCUUCCUUCCCGAAACGUAUCACAAAAAGUACAACUACAGCGCCCCCGCUGUGGUGCAGGGGGAGGCAGGGCAAGAGUUCAAAACCGGCGCACCAUCUCGAUCUUUAGCUGACCCGAGGGCAUCCCCGCUGCUGGUUCCAGACGCAGCCUUGCGCUCUCUGCCCAAAGCCUACAUUCUGACAUGUGAGUAUGACGUUCUACGAGAUGACGGCAUCAUGUACGUCACGCGCCUUCGCAGUGCGGGUGUGGAGGUGACACAUGAACACUACGACACGGGAUUUCACGGAGCGUUGAUGUUCACCGUGUGGCCCACUGACUUUCUCCUUGCUCGCCGCAUGACGGACAACUACGUGAAAUGGCUUAAGGAAAACUUGUAAAAUAAAACUUUAAGAUUAUCAAGUUGCUCUGCAGUGAAGCACUAGUGCAGGGGUCGGGAACCUUUUUGGCUAAGAGAGCCAUGAAGGCCAGAUAUUUUAAAAUGUGUAUCUGUGAGAGCCAUAUACAUUUUGAAUGCAAUAAAAUGUGUGCAUUUUUAUGUAAGACCAACAGUUUUAGAUAUAAUGGGCUCUAAUUACGUAGACCAGGCACACUACCCCACGCCAAUGGGGUGUGGCCAGCAUACUUUCGUGAGCAGCGCAGUGUCUAAUAAUAAAUCAAAUACUUGCUGCCAUUAAUGCAACUUCUGCUGCUGCAUAGUUUUGAACCGUAUUCAGUACACGUAUUUCAUUCUUUUGGCCAUCUUCAUCAGAAGGCUUGGUUCUGCAGCUUUAGCUAUUUGACUAAAGGAGGAAAGUUUACAUUUACAUGUUUUUUUGACAUCUCAAUGACCGAGGUAGACUACCGCAUUACCCAGUAAUAAUCGAGUUUUGGUGUUUGACCUGGAAAAUAUCAUCAGGAAAGAUAGAUAUGGUCGGCCGUAUUGCAGCAGAAUAUAGAUGGACGAAUUAAAAUGCAUAAGAAAGUUGUUGAUUUUGAAUAUUAUUUUCAACAUCAUUUCUGUGAUGGUUUACUUUAAAAUGUUAGCAAAAAUACAUUUUUAUUGUGGUAAGAAAUGCUUGAGAGCCAGAUACAGUCAUCAAAAGAGCCCUACCUGGCUCCCAAGCCAUAGGUUCCCUACCUCUGCACUAGUGUGUUGUUGGGCGCAAAAUGCUCCCGAUUUGGCAUUCUUUUAUUUUAUUUUGCUUAUGCUUUAUUGUUUGUAAAUACAAUAUCUACUGUAAUGAAAUAAAUUAGCAUCUGUUAUAUUUGUCACAUUUUUAUGACAUUGUAAGAUUUUAGAUUUAUUAAGUAUGUUGUGUAGUUUGUUUUUUUGAAGUCCAGUCAUCCCUCGCUAUUUGACAUCGCUGCUGAACCUUUUAAAUUUAAUUAAAAAAAAACCUAAUGGGAAAUGUAGUUAAAUGAAGAGAGUUACUAUUUUUUUUAAUAACUUUGUAAUGUAUGUUUUGCCUUUGGUAAAAGUGUACAUUUUUUUCAGUUGGAAACCUACCAUAGGAUUAUACAUCUUACAUCUUACAAUUUUUUUUUUAGCUUUCCCAUGAGUUUUCCACCACGGGACAUGUUACAUCAGUCCCUCGUUUAUCAAGUUUAAUUGAUUCCAGACCUGACCGCCAUAAGUCAAUUUCUGCGAAGUAGUAUUCAACGUUAAUAAACGCAAUAGUUUCAUAGUUAUAGAAUAGAAAACAUGCUUAUGACUUUCUAAAUCUAAAUUCCACUUUUAACAUUAUUAGAGCCCCGUAAAUAUUAAAUAACACCCCUAUAGUCACUUUGACUCGCGUAUUAUUUUUUGUUUGCACCACAUUGCUAAUGUGCAGGGACAUGUAUGUACAAGGUGUCUGCUGCUAGUAUAGCAAGCUAACUAGUUAGCGUCUCCAACCACAAAACAGCCAUCAUUUUUUUUUUUUUCAAGCAGCAAUAUCAUGCAGAUGUUUCAUAUUGCGAGGGACGACUGUAUCUUAUUUUAUAUCCAUUGCUUCUGGUAAUACUUUCUCCAAGAUGUUGGAGUGUGGAGGUUCGAGAGCCUCUAUGAGAACAUUUGUGAGUUGAGAGGUCAUUGAUGUUCGAUCCUGACAUUGACACAUACUGGCUCACCUUCUCAGUCCUGUUGUUCAUCCCAAAGGUGGGUGAUGACUUCCUCCCACAUCAGAUCCAUCCAAACAUGACUUUACAGACCUUGCUUUGUUCACUGGGAACUGAAUCCAGGGUUCCUUGAGCUGUUAGAAGCAUAUAAUUGUACACAUUGUGUUGGUAAGUACAGUACUCAGUCAUUAUUUAUGUGACUAGGAGGUAAAGUGUUCCAAGACUUAGUAGUACAUCCGCCCCAUCCGCCCAUUAUUGUUACUACUAUUACAAGUGCUGGCUUGUAAAGUUCAAGAAGUCAUACUAUACACACAGAAUAAAGUGGUAGUUGCUCCAUGAAGAGGAUUCUUAUUUUGUUGAGUAUACGUAUGUACUUGUUCAUUUUGGUUUUUAUGACUUGAUUGCAUGUGGUCUUCAUGUUUGAUAAGUAUGAGACGCAUUCCUACAUCUACCUGCUGGAAAGUGAGCAAAAGAGUUCAGUACCUGGAUGUGAGCUUUAAAGAGUGUACAUUGCAGCAAUUUUAAAUGAAAGCUGUACUUUUUUUCUCUGUUUUGUGUGUUGUAAAGAUAUACAAACAGCUAAAAAAAGAUGCGGCUAAUUCAUGCACAUAAUGGGACACACCUAUUCUGUAUAUAGAGCCUUCUAUUAAAGCACCCAAACCUCUAACAAGGCCAGAAAAAAACAGUUUCUUGUGUCCUUUUGGGUUAUGAAGUCUACCCCUUCACUUUUACAUAUUUGGGAAAAAUUCCCUUUUUGUCCCUUUGUGAGUGUUUUAAAUAGUUAAUAACUAAUAACUCACAUAAAGGCCCUUAACCUAGUACUCAUUUAAGAAAAUGUUUCAUAUAUACAUAUACAUUAAUAUACAUGUUGUGUGUAUGUAGUAACAGGCACAUUCAGGAUAUCAUGUAAUACAGUAUUUUGCUGUCUAACUUCCUUUCAGGGUGCAUUGAUUUCACAUAACAUGGAAAGGAAUGGUACACCUAGUAUUCUAUUUACAAAGUCUAAAACAAGAACACAGCUCCGAUAUUCACUAGUGUCUGAGGCGCUAGUAGCUAGCUGGAGUGGUAUGACGAGGUGUCACUACACCAGUAACGUAGUUAUUAGGCAUAACUAUGUUAAUCACAAUAAUACUAACAAUGUGGUUGGACUGUGGCUUGGUUAAUCUGCAGGUUAAUGGAGCGUUGUUGGAGGUUUUUUCAGAAGGCUUUACACUGUUGGUGAAAUUGGUGCGUCCCAUUAUGUGCAUUUUUUUUUUUUUUUGCUGUUUUUGGUAAUGGUAGUGGUUUAAUUUCAUUUGAACAUGCAUCAGAUUACAAUUGAGUGCAUCCCAUAAUCAGUUCACAGUUCCACAUGUCCAAAAGGAGUAGGAAGAAGCAAAGCUUAUUAAAUCCUACCCCUCCAUCUGGUACUUUUACAAUCAGUAACUGUUACAUUUGUUCACUUCCUGCUUUCCAUAAUACAGUUUAUGGUUUGUUUGUUUUUUUUUCUAAAUAAUGUACCUUGUACCGAAGUAAGAGGUGAUAUGACCAUACAAUGACAUAAUGGGUACCAUAGUAAGUGUCAAUAUAGUGAUAUAUAUAGCACAUCAAGACUCUUCAUCCUUGUAUUUAGCAAACAUAAUUUGUAUAUCUUUAGAGCACACAGAAAAAGAGAAAGACUUGUGUUCAUGUCUUAGAUAAACGUGAUUGGAAAAUUACAAAACAGUGUACUUUUCCUUUAAGUUACUCCCUCACAAAUACAAUAGUUUUUGUGUCUUUGUCAAC